UAAUAUAACUGAUAUAGUUACACACACUGACACGUCAUGCCGCACCUUAUACCCUCCUCCACUAACAGAACUAGCCCGCCGACCCUGUAUUCGAACCAGCUAACACAGUCAGGCAGCGUUAGCAGCCCCCUCGACAUUUAACUGUGGCAGCUAAGCUAACUAACGCUAAGCUAGGCUAACGUUAAGAUAAUUAACGCUAAGAUAACUAACGCCAAGAUAACUAACGCUAAGAUAACUAACGCUAAGAUAACUAACGCCAAGAUAACUAACGCCAAGAUAACUAACGCUAAGAUAACUAACGCUAAGAUAACUAACGCUAAGCUAGUCUUACGCUAAGAUAACUAACGCUAAGCUAACCAACGCUAAGCUGGGCUAACGCUAAGCUAAGAUAAGCUAAACUAUCGUAACUAGGUUAACUGUGUUUUUCCAACAGUGGAGCUACAAAUAUCAUUUUUUAUUCAACAUUUAGACUAAUGCAUGUCAGGUUUCCUCAGGAUUUAACCGACGAGUACCGGUUUUCCCACAGAACAGUAAACCGAGCACUAUUUCGCGUAUUUCUCUCCCGUUAUUAACAUACUUUCAGUUUCGUUUGCAUCGUUGCUGACUGGUUCGCGAGUAGACUCUGAGUCGACUCUUUUCUUUGAUUAGAUCUCGUGACGCUGUAGUGUUAAUGGUUUUGUAAGACAAUCUGUGCCAUCGUUAGUAUCAGCUAAUGCUUACUGAGAUUUUAUUUUAUUGUUGAUGCACUUUAAAAGUGAAACAUCUGAAGUUUUCAACAUAAACAUUUUAAUAUAACAUUAUAGUCAUUGUGUAUUUUAGAAAAAUGCGUUUUGGGGAGGAGGAGUGUAGUGCACUACUAAGCUCCUGUGGUGUGGCCUUAGCUUUUGUCUUUAAUUGUAUUUUUCUCCCUUACAUUACUUAUUUUUUACAUUAUGUAGUUUUGAAUCCAGUACUAUACUUGUACCUAGGUAAUUAUUGUGAAUACUUUUGACACUUUUGGUGAUGCUAAAUAAAGAGUCGUUUGGGAGCUGAACGACUCAGCGUUUAGUUGGUGCUGCUGUAGUGUUGUUUAGCUCUGCUGGUGAAAUAGUGAUGAUUCUGAAGAUUCGGAUCAUGUGUCGAACACAGUUCACUUUGAAUCACUACAUCAGUGUUUGGUUCGUGUUUCAGAAAAAUCACGUGAUGUCAGCUUUCUUCAGUAAGGAAACGAGAGGGGAAGUGAAACAAUAACAGAUCAAUAGAUAAGAUUAGACUAUGAUAAACUAGGAGAUUUAAUAUGAAAUGUAUCCAUGUACAGCGUGAUAAACAGAGGAUUAAUCCUUCACAAUUACACAAAAAGUAUGUGCUGAGCACCAUGUACACUGUGACACAAGUCUCCUGCCAACCCAAGUUCACGGCUGUGACUGUUGUUAACGAACAGCAGAUUACCCGUUUUGACAGCGAGCAUAACAUGCUGAUUCCCACCCAGGACUGGGUAAAAGAGGCCUUAAAGGACUACCACUGGAACAACUACAGCCAGAUACACUUGUCAGAAUUUGCAAGACUGCGAGAAGAACUAAACGCUACAAUGAAGAGCUUAGGACACACAGACAGUGUUCACACGUUCCAGAGGAGGUCUGGGUGUGAGUGGGAUGAUAAAACUAGUCGUGUUCAAGGCUUUGAUGAAUAUGGAUAUGAUGGAGUGGACUUCAUAUCACUGGAUCUGGAUCAGAUGAAAUAUGUCCCUCGCACAGCACUGGCAAAAGCCACUGCUGAGAGGUGGAACAGCGACGACAAUUUGCUUAAGUUUCAGAGGCAUUACUACAACACUGACUGUAGCAAUUGGCUAAAGAGGAUUGGGAGGGUCCACCUGAAGAAAACAGGAAAUAUCACAUUUUACCAGAAAAAGGCCUUUUCUCCUGUGGUCUGCCAUGUCACUGGUUUCUGUCCCAAAGCAAUGAAGAUCUCCUGGCGCAAAAAUGGAAAAGAUACAACGGAUAACGUCUCGAUUGGAGAUAUUUUACCUGAUGGUGAGGGAACAUAUAUAAGGGACAUCUCCAUCUUCAGCGAUGAAUUGGACGUAAGCAAGUUCACCUGUGUCGUGGGGGACAGCUUCAAGAAUCUGAGCAGGGAUUCCCUGAACAAACCAGGAAACAGCUUCAAUACUGGGCCUAAUGUAGCUGUUAUUUCCAGCACUGUCAUCUUAUUUACUUUGGGUUUUUCAAUUAUUACUGUCGUUGGCUUCUUCUACUUCAGGCGCAGAAGACCUGAUCAUUCCAGAACAGAUGAAGAAAUGCCACAUGUAGAAAUACCAUUGCGACAACAAGUACAAGAUUGUAAGGCCUAAUUGAGAGGAUUACAUCUGACAUCCGGUAGACCUCUGACUGGACAACUGAUUGGGGGG